ACGACAACUCCCACGCAAAAAAAAGCCAGUCUGUCCGCCCGUCCGGUCUGCAUCCUUCGGAUGUCACCGGGAAUCCGCGAUACGAGCAAAAACAACAACUUUAGUAUUCUUGCACGUUGUCGUCGAAGACUUUUAAAUAACUUCACGCACGAAAACACCCAACCGAUGUCAACGUGAGCUUUGUUGUUGCUUGCAUAUCUUCCGGACAUCCACGCAGAGAACGACAAAAUGUUACGCUUCGGAAUAUGCUUCAUAUGCAAGAAAAUGGAACCGGAAAAGUUUUGAGAAAGUUCGCCGCGAGUUACUUUUAAGGGAUCGUCCACAAAGUUGUGUAAGUCAGCAGAGGCCGCGACUCGCUGCGACAUUCCCUCACUUUUACUGCGCCACUUUAAGUGGAAUGGGACGCCUUGAAACCUCCAUGUUUGGAUCUUGAAACUGCGAGGGGCGCCCGAGCACCAUAUUGAAUCAAAGUUGCCAACUUUGUGACAAAUGUGCUGCAAGUUCGCAGUUUCCAAGCAGCGACACCAGCGGCCGGCUUGUAAGCGCGAAAUGGAGGAGCUGUAGGCGGCGAGUGGCCAACCUCCGCUCGGCAUUCGCUGGUCGUGAAUGCAGCGCACAGUCGGGCGCACAAAAUCUCAAGUUUGACGCGUGAGCACAGUCGGACGUUAUGGACAACCCGUCCUCGGUCAUCACGCAGGUCAGCCGGGAUGAAGACGCAAAUAAAUCCGCGGACAGAGGAGACUCGGGUUCCACGCCCUCCACCAAAAAGCCCCGAAGCGGUGGAUUAUUUUCAAUCUUCUCCUGCUGCCUCUGCCGAGACCAGCCGGAGCCCCCGUCGGUCAACAACAACGCACCCCUGCUAGUCGAGGAGAACGGUACCGUCUCCAAGAUCCAGGUGAAACCGCUGCUGCCGCCUGCCAAGUCCAAAGACGCCGGAAAGGUCUGCGUGGUUAUCGACUUGGAUGAGACGCUCGUUCACAGCUCGUUUAAGCCUGUGAACAAUGCCGAUUUCAUCAUUCCUGUGGAAAUAGAUGGAACUGUACACCAGGUGUAUGUCCUGAAGCGGCCUCAUGUAGAUGAGUUCCUGAAAAGGAUGGGAGAAAUGUUUGAGUGCGUCCUCUUCACUGCCAGUUUAGCCAAGUAUGCCGACCCCGUCUCUGACCUCCUGGACAAGUGGGGAGCCUUCCGCUGCCGCCUCUUUCGGGAGUCUUGCGUCUUCCACAGAGGAAAUUAUGUCAAGGAUCUCAGUCGCCUUGGCCGGGACCUUAACAAGGUCAUCAUCGUGGACAACUCUCCUGCCUCUUACAUCUUCCAUCCUGACAACGCAGUGCCGGUGGCUUCGUGGUUCGACGACAUGUCUGACACUGAGCUGCGGGACCUCAUUCCCUUCUUUGAGAAGCUAAGCAAAGUGGAUAACGUCUAUGCUGUCCUUAAGCACCAAGGAGGGGCCACAAGCUAACGCAAUUUGGACAAAACGCCAUGAAAAUCUCAUGUGCCUAUACACACACACGCACACGCACGCACACACACACACACAUGCACACACACUAGGAGACUGCAGCUUCCACUGCCUACCCGGACUUUUGCGAACCUACCCCAAGUGAGCAUUGUUGAUGCUGCCCCCCCUGGUCACCCAGAAAACUGCUCCACACGAACGUGCCCUUUCCUCACCUCAGGAAGUGGUGAGUGCAUGACAACAGAUGAGCAAACGCUUAAGGACUUCUUUCCUCUUUCUCUGGACUCCUGAGAUGUCACUUUUUACCGAACAUUAGCCGGCUUCCCCGAAGGUGACUUUUUUAUUUUUAAACUUUGCAUUCUUUUAGCCCACUGCCACAAAGACAGACAAACCAUCCACGGCCCUCGGAGGCAUCCGCUACGUGGGUGUAGAUUUCCACAUCACGUCACCCAGGUCGCAGUUGCUGUAAAUUGACUUAUGUUUGACAGGCUCGCUUUCAUCUUUUCAAAAGUGAAACUUGAACUCUUCGGUGCAGCAUUGGAAGUGCAGAACGUGACCUUGUGGCUUGUUUUGUUUUUUUGAAUUCCAAAACGGUACACAUAGGCUGGAAACAAUCUCACGCAGGGGGUAAAAAGCUUGUUAUCGUCUAUUUUUAAAGCAACGAAAAAUGUCUUGGUCUGUCUGAUGUUGUCGAGAUCCGUCAGCGCAGCUACAAAUAUAUCGCCGUUGUCUCAUUGGUCAGCGGGAAUCCCAAGUACUUUGUUUCAGGGUGGUGGUGAAAGAGACCAACCAGGUGCCACUUGAGAUGUCAGGUGAGCUUAUAGUUGCUUUGUAGCAUCCGACACGCCCCUUGGACUGUUUUUAUCCCCCAAGCCCGUUUUUUUUUUUUUUUUUUGGCAAAAGACAAAAUCACACAGAUGCAAAUGAAUGACUGCAAAUUGCAGAGAUGACAAUUAAACCUAUCAUUAAGCUUUGACAGUAUUUCCGUGUGCUUUUGAAGAUCCUGUCAAUCACACUACGUUUUUUUUUUUUUCUUUUCAACAAAACAAAAUUCUAAUUCCUUUUGUUGAGGGGGUCCUCUGAUGCAUUUCCUUAUCCCAUUUUUUUUUGGCUGUGGCCAAUUCGACUUAACCUUUUCAGUGGUUUUGAACAUGAAGCCAAAUUUGGCUAAGAAACACCAGCAAGUUACUAAAACGAAUCGUACUGUUGUAACAUAACAGUAAAAUGUUGAUUUGGUGUUUUUUUUUGUUUUUUUUUAAUUUAUAGGGCUUUGCCGUUCAAACUUAAAGUGUCACUACAGGGCCGCAACGUUCAGUAGAUAUGUUUUGCACAGCAAGGAAGCAAACAAAUGUCCUUAAUAUAUGGAACAUCCAUGUGACUGUACUCAUGAUUUAAUAGAUUUAAUCUAAUUUUUGACCUGUUUUAUCAUGCCAUGUUAUACAUAAAACUCUAUGUAACAUUGCCUUAAGUUGUUCCCAUAAACGCUAAAUGAACAAUG